AUUAUAAUGGAGACAAUCUUUUAAUCAAUACAAUUAAGGUAAACGAAAUGAUGCCUUUAUUGAAGGUUAUGAAGAAACGAUCUUAUUUUCAGUUGGAGUAAUGACCUUCGUUUGCAUUGGACCACGGAAGUCUCGUUAUCGCCAAAAAUCUCGCAUCUUUGGAUAUUCAUUCGUUAUUAUGGUAACGGAGAUUUUAUCGAUAAAUUCCGAGUGAUCCGAGGUUACUGUAGUUCAUCUUAAGACUCCAACAGAUUUUUCUAUAACACUGGAUUAAGAGAGGUAUUGUUUGGACGGUAAAAAUUAAAUGACAAUUAAGUAAUUGUGAAAAACUAAAUAUUAACAGUAUUUCUCAUCAUUGCAAUCUUGGAAUGUACGAAUGCAGUUGUCAAUAGUGAUCCACUUUGUUUAAAGGUUUAACAAUGACGAAAUGAGACUAUGUGUCUCAAUAACAAUACUGAUGGUUCUUGAGAUGUUUUUCAUAGCGAAAUCAAAGGCAUGUUCGAAAUGUUCUUGUUUGGUCAAAAAUUUUGUGUUCACUGCAUCGUAUACCAAAACUGCCUUAAUAUCCUCCGAGUACACAGAAAAUACAACAGGGUUGAUGAAGUGUGCAUGGGUUAUAAAAGCUCAGAACAGUAGCCAUUCCGUCACAUUCAAAAUGAGUCAAGUUCUUGCCAGCAAAUCUUCAUUCUGUGGAGAAGAUUAUGUUUUCAUUAGAGACGGGAGUUCAGGAAGAGGACCUCCAUUAGGAUACUGGUGUAAAGAUGGAACGUACGAUACUGAAGUGACGUCAUAUAGCAACGCCAUCUAUGUUGAAUUAGAAACAUAUUCAAAUGGGGUAGCAGGGUUAAUAUUUGUGAUGUCAUUUUGGGAGUCUUCCGUUAGUUCAAGUGUUCAGUAUGGGCCAAUAGAAUAUGGAAUAGCUAAUUACGUUUUACUAGCCUUCAGUGUUCUCAUAGGAUCUCUGCUUCUCGGUGCUGUUGUAUUCCUUAUCUAUAGAGAAUAUAAGAAACAUCAGGCCGAAAAAGAAAUGAAAUUCAGAGAAAAACUUCUAAUGAGACGAACAGGAAUAAGUGGUCGUAGUGGUGGAAUAAUAAAUGACGAUUUUCGCCAUGACAGCGUAAGUGACAAAAACACGUCAUUUAUAUUUUUGUCUCCGACGCCGACGUCAGAAAUUAGCUUGUGAAUAUUCAAGGAUGAAGGACACUUAACGUAGAACACAUUUGUAUGUAUGUAUAUAUGUAUUAUUUGAAUUUAAAUGCUAACAUAAUUUCAUUCAUGAUUGUAAUGUGAAAAUAAAAUACCAUUAUUUCCAGAAGAA